AUGUAUAAUCGAACUAUUCGCAAUGAAACAUUCACUAUCACUUUAGCACCCUCAUCUCUUUAUGAUUUUACAUGGAUUGACAUAACUGUUGAUGCAGAUCAAACAACAGCAUCGAUUUUUGUAUACGAUUGCCGUAAAAUAUCUCAAAGAAAAGAUCUUAUUUUUCGAUGCAACGAAUUUGAUCAAUCAAAUAAUACUCUUUCAGACGAUUGUACUUUCACAUGUUUUAAUCUUGAACCAGGUUCAAUUUAUAAUGCAUCAUUAGUUCGAUUGCCUAUUCAAAUAGCAGACAAGACGGAUACCUAUCCUGACAAUAUGUUUACAGGCGAAAUCCGUGGGCAAGUUUACAAAACAAAUCUUGAGAAAGCAAUAAAUUUACAAUUUGUUGAAGAUUCAGUAAAUAAGAAAAAAGCAAGGAUUUAUUUUACUCGUCCACGUGGAUCGUAUGAUCAAGUUUCUGUGACUUGCUCUGGACACGGUGGACCUUGUAUACAUCAAAGCAUGAGCUUGACGAAUACUACUGGAAAUUGUUCUGAUUGUAAUUUCAUUACAAUGUUUCCAAUUCUGCCAGGAAUAACAUUUGCAUGUGAAGCAACCACUAUGAAAGAAAAUUUUCAGAUUAUAAUAUCUGAUAGAUAUGAAUUUAUGCGUGAUCUUGAACCAAUCUUUUACGAAGGACCAACUAUUUCAAACACAACUUAUUUGCAUAUGACUGUAAAUCCGCAAAGUGAUUUUUAUUCGUUCAAUUUUAUCUGUACCGUUGACAAUGAUAAAUCAUAUCCAUGUCAGCCUGUUGACUUGACAUUAUCAUAUUGUGAAACAAACUUUAAUUUCAUGGGAGUUCUUGGAUGUGAUUAUAAAUGUCAUUUCGUAACAAAGAAAUAUAAUUAUAUUGAUGCAAUUUCACCGGAAUACAAAUUUACAUUUUUGCCUCCAAAGCCAAGCUUAUUUAUUUAUAGCAUAGGAUCACGAUGGAUAGAUAUCGCUUGGCCAUUGACUGAAAUUACAUAUAUCCAAUCCUUUAUUUUACUUGUGAAUCAAAUUCGAAGUAUAAAUAUUGACAACUCGGCAUUUCGGUAUAAUUUAACCGGCCUAUCACCUAAUACUUUGUAUGAAUUGCAAAUUGAACUCAAUUCAGAUCGCCCGGUCUUGUCUAAUAGCAUUUCUACAAAAACAUCUCAAGAAGGUAGAAAUAGUUUAUUGAAUAUUGUUGCGUCAGCUUUUCUUUUAUCAAUUGCAGCACCACCGAUGCCUGACUAUUUUGAAGUUCAAAGAAAAAUCAUCCCAAUAGAUGAUGAUUUUCAAUCGACAACUGAACAGCACGUUAUUGAGAUCGAUCGAUCAUUAUUUUCUGAUGCUUAUGGUAAUGUUACGCAGUAUUUUAUCUACGUGCGUCAAGAUCAAUACAACAAUGAAGCGACAUUAGAUUUUCUUGGAACAUAUUAUGAAGCUUCGCAAAAUUAUUUGAUCGAUUAUUCAGCUCAAAUUAUUGAUCUAUUGUCAUCAAUGAAGCAAUUACAAAGAAUUGAUAAGACAAUUCGUAUAGUACUUGGCAAUGAAGCAUGGUGUUCACAGAAUUGGCUCCCUUCAAUGCCGUGUAAUGGUAAACUAAAACAAAAUCAUAUUUAUAAAAUUAUUGUUGGUGGUUGUACGAGUGCUGGUUGUACUCAUGUACUUUCAAAAUCAUUUCGAACGAAAGUCGACGAUUCAACAAAAACAUCAUCGAAAGCAUGGGUUGCUGUAUUUCCUGUGUUGGCUGUUUUAGCCGUUAUUAUUGGUUUAGUCGUUUGGAAAAGAAAAAUAUUAAAAGAAUGUUGUUUGGAAAAGCAAAAAAAACAAGACACUGAUAUAAAUCCUGCUGAUCCACAAUCUGUCAUUCCUAAAUCGCCAUUCUAUAUUCACAAUUUUCAAGAAAUGAAACCGAAACCUUUAAUUCAAUACUUUAAUUUAUCAGAUGAAAAGAAAAAGAUCAUUGAUAAAGAAUUUCAAGAAUUGGAAAAUUUAGCACCGCACUGUGAUCGAUCACAAGAUACUUCGUUGCUUGAUCGAUAUACUGAUAUUCCAAGUCGUGGUCCAUGGAAUAAAACGGCCGUUCACCUAACUGGUAUUCAUCGUCAACAUGAUUAUAUAAAUGCAAAUGAAAUUCGAGGUGUCAACAGUAUCAAACAAUAUAUUGCCUGUCAAAGUCCAUUGAAAACGACAUGUGAAGAUUUUUGGGAUAUGGUUAUUCAAUAUGGAAUAACGAAAAUUGUUAUGUUAAAUCAUUUUGAACAAUUUAAUCAACAGAAUGAUUCAGCACAUGCUCGGUGUCAUCGUUAUGUUCCGAUGAAUCAAAAUGGCACAUUAAAUUUUAAAAGAAUCGAAGUUCAAGUAAAAAAAAUUAAAUAUUAUCUUAACAAUCAACUUGAAGUUCGUCUUUUACUCGUUAAAGAAGCUAACAAGCACUUUCAUGUACAUCAUUUCUAUUUUAACAAUUGGCCAAGAUUUGGCACUAUCGAUAGUCAAAUUCUUAUCGAUUUAAUUGAAACAGUAAACCAAUAUGGAGAACUAGCAAUUAAUUCAUCGUCACCUCUUCUUGUUCAUUGCAGCUCGGGUACCGGUCGAACCGGAACUUAUAUUGCUGUUGAUAUCAUAAUUCAUUUACUUGAUCAAUCUAAUGAACAAUUAGCAACAAUGAAUCUUGAUGUUAUGGGUAUAGUAAAUCAAUUAAAGCACGAUAGAGUAAAAUUAGUACAAACAAAAGAACAAUAUCUCUUAAUUCAUAUUUGUGUAGAAGAAUAUUUAAAAAGGAAGAAACAAUUCGAUCCGAUACCCACGGAAACCAAUGAGUAUGAAACAAUUCGAGAUUCAUUAAUUGGCGCAGAUCAGCAAGGUUACAUGACUUUACUUGACUCGAAAAAUAGUUUACAAGCAGAUUUAUCAUCGAUUAUUGCUAAUAUUAAAAAUGAAGAAAUAAACGAAUAUGAAUCAGUGGAUGUUCCGAAUGAUGAGAAAAGAGUAGGUUUUGGAAACAAUGAUGAUUAUGUUACAAUUGGUUAA